GACUUGUGUGGGUGGCACUCAAUAUUAUCUUAGUCGAUGUCAGAAGCCAACCAUCGAGUAAAAAGAUAUCAAAAGGAGAAAGUAUUGGGAGAGGGAACUUUUGGUAUCGUUAACAAAGCAAAAGAUACCAAAACAGGUCAGUAUGUCGCCAUCAAAAAGGUUCGAAUGGGCAAUUCCAAGGAUGGUGUAGCUAUUCCAGCUUUACGGGAAAUAAAAAUAUUGCAAGACGUUCGUCACGAGAAUUUGAUUAAUUUACUCGAUGUUUUUGGUACAAGUAGUAACAUCAAUUUGGUUUUUGAUUAUUGCAUAGCAGAUUUGGAACAAAUUAUCAAGGACAAAACGAUUGCUCUAAGUACGGCUGAAGUAAAAGGUGCGUUGAAAAUGAUACUAUGUGGCGUUGCUAAGCUGCAUGAAAAUUGGGUUCUUCAUCGAGAUUUAAAACCUAGCAACAUUCUUAUGGAUACUCAAGGAGUAUUGAAAUUGACAGAUUUUGGACUAUCCAAAUUGUUUGCCAGUCCCUAUAGGAAGUAUACCAAUCAAGUAGUUACUCGCUGGUAUCGAGCCCCAGAACUUUUAUUUGGUGCCACUCAAUAUGGAACUGGCAUAGAUAUGUGGAGUGUGGGCUGUAUUUUUGCAGAAAUGAUGUUAAGACAGCCUUAUUUUCCGGGAGAUUCGGAUAUUGAUCAGUUAUCCAAAAUAUACAGUGCAUUAGGAACACCCACAGAAGAAGAAUGGCCUGGUGUUGCUGCUCUCCCUGCUUAUGUGGAAUUCACUCCCAAGCCGAGACCGCCUAUGAGACAAACCUUUACAGCUGCUUCAGAUGAAGCACUCGACUUGUUAAAUCAGUUUUUAUUAUUUGACCCUUGGAAACGUAUAUCUGCUCAAGAUGCACUCAAUCAUCCUUAUUUUAAGAAACCUCCAUUACCUUGUUCUCCUAACCAGUUUUUGGAAAAAGUGAAGAGUGGUCGUCUAUUCCUAGACAGUGAUUCUCGUUAUUCCUUGAAUCAAGUGGAAACUGAUGAUCCAUUGUCUAAGAGAAGAAGAUAUUCUGACCUUGGAAAACGUCGAUUGGAGUUUUGAACAUUUUUUCUUCUUAAUUCAUCACAAAAGUGUAUAUAUCAUUGGAAUAAAUCAUCCUUUUUGGUU